AUGAAUAAACCUCAAGAAAGGCCAUCUAAUACCGGUAUACUUCCAGUUGCGGAUGAAAGAAACUAUGAUGUUGAUAUGGGCAAAUGCUUGAAUGCUUCUUCUGCUGUGAGACAAUUGGGUAUUCAUAUCCGGGCAGCGCAGAGAUGGGUAAAACGUUAUUACGAAGACUCUGAAAGCAUUUUCGAAAACAAAAGAAAAAAUCAGGGUGACGUCGUAUUCUUGGGAAUGAGCAUAAGUGCAAUUUCUGCCACAGGUUUAAUUAAUGUUAGUUUGCGAGUUCCGGAGCGUAUCAAGAAGAGAAAGCUCAGGUGUGAGACUGAUGUGAUUUCAAAGGCUUCGUUUCUCAUUCUGCUAAAUGCUUUGAUAAGUGUCUUAACAAAGAAAGAUUAUAAAAACGGGCACAGCAAUCUCAACGUGAAGAAAUACACAAAAGAAGGCACAGAAAUCAUUAUUAAAUUCUCUUGCCCAGGCUGUCGCGAUGUAUUUAGUAUUGUUUCAGAACUCGCGCAUCACGUCGAUAAUAACCAUGUAAAAAGAGCGCCAACUCUUGAAAACCUAACUAUUGAAGACCAACGAUGGGUCCUGAAUGGUCACGAUAUUUCAAGCCAAUUCCAAGAAUAUCGCCAAUCUUGUAUUACUGCAUCGCGUACAACUGAAUUUGCCGUCGAGAGCCAUUUUAAUGAGCUUUUGGCUAUUUCUGGUAUUCCUGUCUUACAGCGACGAGGCAAUUAUGAAGAUUUACCAACCGAUAUUUUUCCACCAUCCUCAUUAACAACAGUGCGCACUGAAAUACUGGCCGAGUACAAGCGAAACACAUUCCAACUACACAUUAGAGAAGCAGUUCAAUCGAUUAUUCAGCAGUUUGUGGAUGAAAACAUCACGGAAAUACGAGCCAAAAUCGAGCUUCUCUCACUUUGCGAGCCAGUUGUUACUCCCUCGCCACAAGAUUCCAUUGAACCAACGGAAUAUGAAUGUGCAGUUAUCAUGGCAAUAGUGGCCUUACUCUCGUAUCUAUACGACUGUGACAUCUAUGCCCAUCUGUUUAUGCAUGACCUUUUGUCAGCAAAGAAGCCCUCAAAAGUUGCGCACUGCUCGAACAUAGUUCCAGAAGAGUUUGACGAUGCUGUCAAUCGACCAGAUUACAAAAUUGACGUGUAUGCAUAUUCUGGAUACCGGUUCUCGUACACCAACGCAUAUGGAGAUGUCAAGAAGAGCAGAAAUGUUUCAGUCACACUGCUUGCCAAAGAUUUUUAUCGGUUGUGCAUCUUUAGCAAAGAAGCAAUUGAUCGGUACAAUUUGAUAAAUGUCCUGUCCUUCCAAGUUACAGCCAACUCAGUCACGUUUUUUGCGAUGCAACUGAAAUCGCCAUUCUUAUACACUGUCACAGAAUUGGUUCGGUUCUGCAUUCUAGCGAAGAAAUGUGAUCUCCUGGAUUUGAUGGGUAAAAUGGACAACUUACUUUUUGUUGCGUCAUUAUACCGAGACCAUUGCGUGGUUAGUGAAAAUAAUCUGACGCCUUGGCGCUGUGAUACACUGUCGAGCGCGAAAUGGCAGGAUUUAUACCUCCGACCUCGUAACAAGUUACGAGUUCGUAACUCAUGCUAUUUAAAAGUCCGUAUUUAA